UAAACGGCGUUUGCCCCUUGUCUCAAGUGUUGUAGUAGUGAAAGGACUAUAGGUACAUCCUGGUCGACUUUUUUUAGGACAGUUUUCUUUUCUGGUGGACAAUCAGUUCUAUUCUUGUUACCCAUUUGCCUGGUAGCAAUAAAUAAGCAUUAUGGGAUCCAGUGAGAGCAAGAUGACUAAGGCUGCACCAGUUAAUCCAGAACCAGCCAUCAAAAACAAUCGAGUCAAUCAUCUGAUGGAUCCACGCUCUCCCUCAGCGGGCAUUGAUCGUACGCCUAUUCAGGUCAAUGGAUUUGUGUCCACAAAUUCUGCUGUGGUGAAAAGUAAGUUUCCACUGGUUGUCACUGAUCCCCGCUCACCUACUGUUGGCAUUACCCGUACGCCUGUCAGAGAAGUCAUGAGAGCCACAGUUGGGUCCUUAGCUCGCCGCCUGGGUUUGUUUUUGAGCAAUGAGAUUGAAGGCAAAGUCCCUGAAGCCCCUCAGAAACUGAGUGUUGCUGUGGAGGAGGAAGCCCCAGAGAGUGAGGAGCUGGCUUCCACUGAACCCCUCCUGACUCCUCAGCCUUCCCAGCCCUUCAGCUCCCUGGCUGGGCAGACCAACCUCCUUGCCACUCCGGUGCUGCCUCCACUCCACUGUGAGGGUAACUUGAGCCCUUUCGUGAUCCUUGAGGAGCCCCAGGUGGAGGUGGAUAUAGAAACUGAGGAGGCAGAAGAAGCAAGAGAGUCUCCUCUUCACAAGAGACUCAGCAUGAGCCUGAUAACUUGUCAUGAAGGAGUAACCUCAAUGCAGAUCGUUGCUGAGAUGCACUGUGACAGUACUCCUUCGCCAGUGCCUAGUGAGGAAGUGGAGACACUUGGGGAUGGUGUGGAUCACUCUUAUGCCCUUCCUUCUAUUACUGUUGAGCCUUCCUCAGCAACUGGUUUAGAUGUUUCCCCUGCACAGCUAAAGGAAGAAGAGAAACUGAGGUCUUCUGAAAGAACACAAGAGCUUGUUAAAGAAUCUUCUUUGCCCCCUGCAACCGCUUCACCAGCGCCACCAGUCGUUCUUAGCCCAGAGCAGCCACAGCUCUGCACCGGCAUCCGCUGCCCCACCUUUGACUCAAAGAGCCCCAGUCAGGUGGUGUUCAAGCCUCAGUGGUUGGGGAAAGGGUUUGGUGCCACUGGGCGAAGAGCCAGAGGAGGGCAGGGGCCCAGCGGAAAAGGAGGCUCCUCUCCUCUCAGUGUCCGAGUGGCUGUUAAGAACGUAAACAGUGAAAACAGGGGACAAUCUGGAAAACUAAAGCAGAGAGGUACUGAAGGCCGCUCUCCACUGCAGAUCCUUAAGGAGGCCAACUCACCCAGGGACCAGUGUUCUCAGAUGAAGCUGAAAGUGCCUAUACUAGAUAAGCAGAGGUUUGGACACAUGGACCGCACAGACUGCAGAGUGGUGGCACUGGCUCAGGAUAAAGAGAACAGAUGAUGUUCAACAGUAAUCUGGAUAAAUUCAAUCCACUUUUAUCUCUCAUAAUAACAUGCUUUUAUGUGUACAGUAUUAUAUUUUUUUUGUCUUGGGUACAUUACUUUUAACUGCCACUUUGUAUUUUUUUUUUUUUGUAAAUAUAAAUAAAGUUGUUUGCCUUCAGAAUUGGUGCCCUAAAUCCUCAUACUGGUUAUAAACUAGUUUUGCU